AUGACAACGGAAGCACCAUUUUACCCACGUGAGAAGAUUGUGCAGCAGCAGCAGUAUUUCCAGAAGUUGAGCAAGCACACCCACCUUAAAGGGCGUUACGACGUGAUCACAUCCGUUGCCAUUCCCCUUGCGCUUGCUGGCACCAGCUUGUUCAUGAUUGGCCGUGGGAUCUACAACAUGUCCCACGGGAUCGGGAAAAAGGAGUGAAGUUCUGUGGGCUUGCUAGUUACCCCAGUACGAGGCAUGGAAGCGAUACUGUCCAAGCUAUGACAUCUUCUUUGUUUGCAAAUAAUUAUUGUCAAAGAACGAGGGUCCAUUUCCAGUUCUCUUUUGUUGGUGUUUGUGGAUAUUCCAUGUCAGCAAAUUGAUGCUACACUGGCAAUGAUGGUGCUAUAACAUCGGCAUUGUUACCUUUUCAGUUAAUCUCAUAUUUUCUCCUAUAUGAUUUA